UUUUACCGUAGCCGCGGCGCCAGCACCGGCACCAGAUAACCGGCUGCCGUUCGUACGCUAGCAGCGGCGCACUUGCAGUUCUGUCGGCCACGGCACACACCGGUCUGCCGAACACGGGCUGCCCGGGCCCCACCCAGCGACAGCUCGCUUCCAGCAGUGCUUUGCCACCUGCCGCGCCGGCAAAUCUGGCACUCCGCGAUGCUCAGUGCACCUGUUGAAGCUGAUCGGUGCAGGGGAUGUCGAUUCUGAUAGAAUCCUGGAUUUCGUGUCGACUUUGGUAGCGUUCUCCAGUCCUCUUCCUUGGAGAGUAUACGGAGUGUACCAAGUUCCUACAGUCAUCGUUUGAUUAAAGUGACAAGUCAUUUUAAGAGGUUGUUUAUCUACGGCGAAAAGACAGUGUGAAGCACGAGGACGGACGGAACAGUGCAAGUGCGCGGGAUCUUGAGAUUCUGUGAAAAUACUGCGAGAAAAAAUAUGGAAAACCGAUAUAGUCAAGUCGGUCAGUCUAAUAUACUUGCUCGAUAACUGGUCGACAGGAGAUCGAUAUUAUUCGAAUUAAUGAAAACAAAGCCUUUUAGAAUGCAGCUAUCGCUGACGAUUGUUUGUUCGUUAGCAUCGGACAGUGGACGUCCACUUAAGGAAACACCCGUCUGUGUUCCACAUCCACAGCUGUCGGAAGCUCUGGUGCGUGGAAGUAGCGCGCAGUUGUGAUGUAAGCGACCGUAUUAGGGAAACGGUGGCCUCAACUGUAUCUGCAGCUGUCGGACGGAACCCUCCGCGGCGAUAAGUGGGGUCUCGGGUAUUUUGGUGGACUGUGACCCGGCGGAAUUAUAACGCGAUGAAGCGCGACGGCUCGUGCAGACAGCGCGGCGACGGCGCAAUGGGCGUGUGGAGCAGGACGCGGAAGGAGGGCCGGCUGCAGCUGCGGCUGGGCGCGCACCCCGCCAUCCGCAAGGUGCUGAUGCCGCUGCUGCGCUGGCGCGGCCGCCGCGUCGCGCCCUCCAGGAGAAUCCAGGAGUUGGAUGGCGGGUUCUUCGAGAAGUUCGGCUCGCUGCUGAAGGAGCAGGCGGACCAGGAGGCGGCUGCGGACGAGCGCGCCCUGCACGGCGGCUCCGGCGAUGGCGACGCCGACGCUGGCCACGGCACCGACGUGGAGGCGGGGGAGGACGCCGCCGCCGCCGCCGCCGCUGCCGGCGAGGGCGAUGGCGAGGCGGAGGCGGAGGGAGGCGCCCAGCCGCCGCCCACGGACUCGGACUCUGAGCCCGAAGAGACGGACAAGCAGCAGUUCAUCUCGGACGCCAUGGGCUGGAACAUAGAAGAACUUUACUCAGAAAUCCUAUAUGAACUGCUCCAUACUGUGGGUUCUGAUGUCACAAGUGAUGAAAGAGAUGCUCUGCUAAGUUAUUUGCAAGAAGCUUUCAAAUUAGAUAAUGAGAGACACUCCAAUCUUUUAGAGAGAGCACAGUCAAAAGAGGCUCCAAACAUUUUACUAAAUGUUGAAGUAAUUGAAGCUAAGGAUUUAGCACCAAAGGAUGCAAAUGGUCUCUGUGACCCAUUUUGCACAUUGUACUUAAAUUCAGCCAACACUGCCCGCUACAAUACUUCAGUGAAGUCUGAAACACUGUCACCUGUUUGGGAAGAGCAUUUUUCUCUGCCAGUAGAAAAUCCAUCUGAAGAUAUUUUAUUUGUAGAAGUAUGGGAUUUUGAUCCUGCAGAGACAGUUAGAGAGAAAAUGAUGAAGAUUGGAGAAGUGAAAGGUGUGAAAGGACUACGUAAAUUAAUGAAGGAGAUAGCAGUGACAGCAUCAACCGGGAAACAUGAUAAUGAACUAGUUGGUAGUGUCCAGAUUCCAUUAAGGAAUAUUCCCUCCUCUGGACAAAUGUACUGGUGCAGCUUGGAAAGGAAAAAUAAAGGGAAAAAGCAGGGUGACAUAAAAAUUAAGUUAAGUUUUGGGGCUGAAAAGAAUCCAAUGGUAGCACUUCAGGAACACAGACAUUUAUUAAGAUUGUUACUGCUACACGAUUUAGAAGAAGCAAAGAAAAUCAUCAAAGUUCUAAACAUUUUGUUUGGAAAGCGACAUAUUCUAAGAUCGGAUGAAGCAGAUGGAGCAAUGUUAUCAAGAACUCAACCCUAUCAGUGGAAUGGUGCAUUCCAAGAGAAAGCGGAGACUAUUCUCACCCAGCAUGUAGUACAGUGUGGCUUGUCACCUGCAGAUGUGGCACUAGCUCAGUGGUCUGAGUUUAUAACUGUCCACAUUGACCAUCACCUCAACUUUAGAUUAUUUGCAGUUGUUCUAGAGAAGCUCCAGAAGCCAAUCCAAGGCAAAAUUAUAACAGGAGAUAAUGCCAAAUUGUUCUGGGAUUCCACAAAGAAGUUAUUACCAUCUUGUCUCAAUGCUGUAAGAAAAAUACGUAAGCUGACUCCAAGUGAUAAGAACACAUUAAAUCAGUUAUCUUCUAUUCUUAGCAUUCUCUCAUUGUUAAAGGAAUUACAACCUCCUGAGGGUUUUGAGCUUUUUCCUCAGUCUGUUUAUGGUUGGCUGAACUAUGAUGGAGAUGAGCCAAAUUGUGAUAUACAAGAGACAUUGAGACAAGCUGUUACACAGGGAGCUAGUGACUGGUAUAAUCAUAUAAUGGACAAUAACAAGGUAAAUGAUUCUGAAGAAGAAGCUCAACUGAACCAUGUAAUUAAAAUUGUACAGCUUGUAAGGACAGAUCUUCAGAGAGCAAUUGAAUACCAUGAUAAAAUUUUCCAACAGACAAUCCACCUACCAUAUGCAAAGACACUGUACAAAUUGUAUGAAUCGAAAGUUUCAGAACUAGUUGGACCAGUUAUUAAAAAUGCGUGCAUGUGUUUAAAACCACUGAAAUUUGGCGAUAACAUGGAAGUUGUUGAAGGUGAUACUGAUCCUCUGAGUAUGGGCACCAAAUUGUUUGAGCUCUACUUGAUUCUCCAAAGGUUCUGUGUGAUGGGCAUAGGAUUAUGCCCUGCAGAUGCUGAUGAUUUUGAAAUAAAAAACUUUCAUCUGUGGUUCCAUCGAGGUGUUGCUCAAUGGCUUGAUAUAGCUUUAUACAAGGCGUUACAGAGGAUAAAUAAGGCAGUGGAACUAGAUAAGUUGGAACCUGUUGAUAGCACUGUUAAAUACAGCUCAUCUGCUGUAGAUACUCUGGCAAUUUUUUAUCAGAUAAAAAUAUUCUGGAAGCAGCUAAAUUGGCCAGAUGUAGAAGGUUCUUACACUUUUGUUGCAAAAAUAAUUGAUGAUAUUUGUAAGUGCUCAGUCUAUUAUGCAGACAAAAUGGGCAAGAAAGUUGAAGGUCUUGGCGAAAUUCGGAAUGUAUACGAAACAAAAUUUGAAGUCACAAAUGAGUGGUGUCUGGCAAUCAAUAACAUUGACUAUGUUAGACAGUCGAUAGUUCCUUUUGUGUCAGAACUGGGUAUGGAGGAAAUAAUCACAUCCCUUGCAAACUUCAGAAGUCAAACAGAAGCUGAACACUGCAGAGAAACAUUACAGUUAGUGAUUGACAAUGAUGUUGAAACAGUAAGGAAUAAAAUUCUGGAGUUACUGGAAACAGUUGCCGAAAAGAUGACACCGUCAAUACACAGAUUUUUACUUGAAGGUGCAGAACUUUUACAUCAAGACAGCAAUACUUUGGACAGGUUAAUGAAAUACUUAGAUGAUAAUCUAAUUACACUUCAUUCACAAUUAAAUGAAGAUAAUUUUGACAGAAUCCUUGCAAUUAUGUGGGAGAAUGUGUCUCACAUUAUGCUUGAUAUUGUGGAGAAUAAUCUAGAGAAAAGGAGGCCGCCAUCAUUUUUUGCAAAUCUGCAUGAAACACUGAAUAUAUUGAUAGGUUUCUUCAGACAAGGAGCAGAGAGAAACACCUCCCCAGUUCUUCAGCAAAUAGAUUCAAUGUUGAAAUUACAUGGCAUGGAGACAUCUGAACUUAUACAUCAUUACCACUUAGAAAGGCUUGAAGAGCAAAAUGCCAUGGAGACACCACACUUUGGGUUACUUACUAUCAGAGCACAGUUUGUGGAAGAUUUACUAAGAGUAGAAAUUAUGAAUGCCAGGAACCUUCGACCAAUGGAUUCAAAUGGUUCCUGUGACCCUUAUGUAAAGAUACACUUACUGCCAGAGGAAAAAUUUGGUAAUGUAACCAAGCCAAGAACAAAAACACACAAGAAAACAGUUUUUCCAUUAUAUGAUGAAACAUUUACUAUAAAUUUAACACCAGAGCAACAAGGAAUCAAAAAUGGUAUUGUACAUUUUGUGGUUAAAGAUCAAGACUUCAUUGGGGCAAAUCAGUUUAUCGGUGAAGCAUACAUUGCAUUUGCAGAUGUUCCACGUACUGACAUGACAAAAGGGCUUGAGGAACUGGAGCAGAUUCAUCUCAAGUUGAGCAGACCAACUCGAUUUGAGUCAAGAGUUCUGAGAGCUUUGGAGAACAGACAAGAAAAACUGGCAAAAGAUUUUAUUAAGAAGCAAAAGGCAAAGAUAAUUGACAACUAAAUUAUAAUCCAUCCAAAUCUUUAGGGCUGAAGUGGUAGCUACAUGUGAUAAAAUAACUUCAUUUGGUGGUGCCAUGAUAAACUGAUGUACUGUAAAAACUUGUUCAUUUAUGAACUUUUUUGUGACUUUAUUGAAAGUCUUAUUUUGUACAAAUUUGUACCUUGAAUGUAUUUAAGAACUUUUGUAAAGACUGCAAUGUAUAUAUAUUUAUAACUAGAUAGAAUAAAUGUUACAGCAUUUUUUAAA